AUGUCCUUUUCAAGUGCUGCUAGAAAACUAAAUGAUGAUAGUGAUGGUUACCGACCUGAUUUUAUGAUAACAGCAAAAACAAAUGGUGCUGGAAAAUUUGAGAUUAUGUUUGGCCUCUUUAAAUCACCAUUCAAAUCAAACUCCUAUCUUGUAAAUGUUGAUCUGAUUGAUUUGGGCAUAUUAAUGAAAGAUUCACUUGACAAUUU